AUGGGAGACCUGUUGUGUGUAAGUGCUGUCAGAGCAGGAUGCUGCAGCUGCUGUUCAGAGGGAAGGGGCUCCCAACCUAUCCCGGGCCUUCAGCACACGGAUGCAGCGUCCACAGUAGAGCAGAGACCAGGCAUGCCCUUUGGAGCUGCCACAUCCUAUGUACAUCUAGAGAAGCUGUGUGAAGGAUCCUGUGCCACUGUGUACAAAGGGAUCAGCAGGAUCAAUGGCCAGUUGGUGGUGCUGAAAGUGAUCCGGCUGGAGGCAGAGGAGGGAGUGCCCUUUACAGCCGUUCGGGAAGCUUCUCUUCUCAAGCAUUUGAAACAUGCCAAUGUUGUACUGCUUCAUGACAUUAUCCAGACCAAGGAGACACUAACAUUUGUCUUUGAGUACAUGCACACAGACCUAGCACAGUACAUGGGCCAGCAUCCCGGAGGACUUCAUUCGUGCAAUGUUAUGCUUUUCAUGUUCCAGCUUUUGCGUGGCCUGGCUUACAUCCACCAACAACACAUUCUUCACCGUGAUCUGAAACCCCAGAACUUGCUCAUCAGUUGCCUUGGUGAGCUCAAAUUAGCAGACUUCGGCCUUGCUCGUGCCAAGUCCAUCCCCAGACAGACAUACUCCUGUGAAGUGGCAGCACUCUGGUACCGUCCUCCUGAUGUGUUACUUGGAGCUACAGAUUAUUCUUCUGAUCUAGAUAUCUGGAGUGCAGGCUGUAUAUUUGUUGAAAUGAUCCAGGGGCAGCCAAUAUUUGCAGGAACUUCUGGUACUCAUGAACAGCUGCUGAAGAUCUGGGAGGUAUUGGGGGUCCCAACUGAGGACACCUGGCCAGGACUUUCCAAGCUCCCCAACUAUGACCCAGAACUGGUUGCUUCCAGGAGACCUCAGAGACUCCGAGUCAUCUGUGACAGGCUGAGCAGGGUGCCAGGAGCGGAGGAUUUGGCCUCCAAGAUGCUUACAGCCUUCCCCCGAGGCCGGAUCUCUGCGCAACAUGCGCUUCUUCAUGGCUUCUUCAGCCCUCUGCCUCCUCAGCUCUACCAGGUUCCUGCUGGACAAUCAGUGCUCACAGUUCCAGAAGUGAGACUGCAACCUGAAAUGUGUGACCUCUUUGUUUCUUACCGAAAAGGCCAUCUCUCACAAGGUUCAAGCAAGUUUUGGUAGAAGCAAAGAUGAUUAACUAACUCUUGGGUAAGCACGUAGUUGCCACUGCCAAAGCUGCUGCCAUCAUCCUUAGCACAUGAAUUCCUUUGUGUACUGAAGGUGGGAAAACAGAACUGAUACCCAGGGCUGGAUGACCACAUCCCAGGCUGAAGACAAAGUGGGAAACCUCACAUUCAGAGAGAAGAGAUCAGCAAGCCAAUAGCCCACAAUGCUUGGUGGUAUCAUGGGAGGUUUGGGUUUGUUUCAUCAUAUUCCCAAGACUCAGAUGGAUGCCUCCUCUGAUGCCUCCCCAGUCAAAAUAUUGCUUCAUUUCUCCAUUGCUUAAACUGACCAAAUUGUUUUGUUUGCCUUUGUC